AUGAGAAUGAAUUGUAUUAUUAUUAAAAUCAUUGUACCAUUACUAUUACUCUUUUCAAUAUCACAUGCACAAACACAAACAUUAACACAACCUGAAUUGGACUCUGCCAUUUAUCUUUUGAAAUUAUACGGACAAUCAGCUGUACCACAAGACCAGACAAUAUGUCAGUACUCUGUUUCAUCAACUAAAAUAACAUGUGAUAACAAUACAUCAGAUGGACAAUACCAUAUCAGACAAUUUACGCUACAGUUUAGUGCAUUUACCAAUAUAGGUCUACCUGAUCCUACAUUGACUAGUUUGUAUUUACCAGAGAUUACAACAUUCCAAAUCAUCAAAAAUGCAAAUACUAUCAAUGCAAACACAUCUGUCAAUCUUCAAACCUUGACCCUCGAAGAAUAUCUAAAGUCAUUCACAAUUGAUCGUUCAACAAUGUAUUUCCCAUCGCUUGUCACCAUGGGUCUAUAUGUCAGUACCUCUUGGGAUACUCCCUAUUUGCUCAACAUCUCUUCUGAGGCAUUCCCCAAACUCAAUUCAAUCACUAUCAAUGGUGAUUCAAAUGUUACUGUUUAUUAUCAUUCAUCCGCUCCUAGUACUUCAAUUACUUGCACUAUUUUCCAAAAACAAUGUGAUUUGAAAAUAUCAUCUGGAAUCAAUAUAAGUUCAUUAACCGUUUCAGGUAUUGUAUCACUUGACCCGAUUACUGCAACUGAAUAUCCAAACCUCACAUCAUUUAGAGUCACUUCUAGUCAGUUGACACAGUUCCCAUUUAUUUCAUACCCAGCCAGGUUGUCACUAAUUGAUGUUUCUUUAAAUCAAAUUACCUCCAUUCCGAAAAACAAUAUGGGGUUCGGUGGAAACCUUUCCCAAUCUUAUUGUAGUCACAGAUCAUUUGACAUUAGAAACACCUCGGUUGAAUCUGUACCAGAUUGUUUUUGGUGUUAUUUCAGUACUGUCCCAGCCGUUUUGGUCACCUCUUUAACCAUUCCAAAUGGUUUUGUUUGUGAUGUUACACUAGACAAUCCUACACUAGGUUUUUAUGUAACCAAUCAAUCAAUAGUUACAAUUACAGGUAAUAAUUUAGGAUGGGGAGGAUCUUCACCUGGAUACAGUUUUAGUGUUAUCAAACCCAAUAAGAUCAUUGCGGUGUCCUUUUCGACUACACCAAAUUCUCUCACUCCAUUCACCAUUAAAUGGGCUACUUUUACAAACGCACCCCAAUCCACUGUAUCGGUUAUCGAAGCUGGUAUAGCGCUUUAUGGACUUGAUUCUAUGCCAACCUAUCCAGAGCCAACCAUUUCACUCAACUUUUUAACCUUCAACCCCCAACUCAAUAACAGUAUGACAGUGGAUGGAUCAUAUGCAUGUAGUUUCAUCACCCCAAGUAUCCAAACCAAUUGCACUGUACCCAGUCUCUCUCUUGGUCCACAUCAACUCAAUAUUUCAAAUCCAUACCUCUCUAGAACCAUUGACUUUGUUUAUAAUUAUCCAACCAUCAAUUCAGCCGCUCCAGUACCAUUUGUACAAGGAUCGGAUAUUACAAUUAAAGGUGACUUUGGACAACAACAACAAACAAGCUCGUCAAUAGUUGUUUUUAUGAACGGAGAUAUUGAACUUUCACAGUGUACUGUUAAAUCAAUUUCCUCUUCAACCAUUGUCUGUCAUUUAGAACAAAAAUUGGUAGAUUUGGUAUUACAAAUAAGAGUUGGUGUGAAUGAAUAUAAUUCAACUUAUCCAUUAUCAGAUCAAGAAUUAUGUCAACAAUCAACUAUCAAUUGUCAUGGUAACGGUCAAUGUAAUACAACUGGUCUAUGCGUUUGUAACAGUAAUGCCUUUUAUAAUGACUGUUCAAAACCAUAUCCAAUCAUUUCAUCUGGUAGUUAUGAUCAAACAAAUAACAAAAUUGUCAACUUGUUUGGUGAUUUUGGACCUUUUGGACAAUUAAAUGUUAUUAUUAAAAUUAAUAAUGUUUCUGAUUGUAUUGUUGAUUCAAAAUCUCAACAAUCAAUCACUUGUACAUUGGAACAAACACCAAAUUAUGGAUUAUCAUCAGUUCAAUUACACCUUGAUUCUUUGGAUACAAAUGCAAAGGAUAUAUUAUAUCUUAGACAACCUGAUAAUGGAGGUAAUAAUGGUUCAACAAGUGGAUCAACGACUACUGAUUCAUCAACAACCACUUCAACAACCUCUGGAUCAUCAACAGGUACACCACAACAACAAUGUGAAAAACAAACAUCAAAUUGUUAUGGUCAUGGUAUUUGUGGUGUAAAUGGAAUAUGUCAAUGUGACAAGGAUUACAACCCAGUUGAUAAUUGUUUUACAAAGUUUAUCAAUUCAACUAUUAUACCAAAUACAACCUCACCAACAGUAUCAUUUGAUAUUGAUGGAAUUGAUUUCCAAUUUGAAGUUGUUUCCAUUCAAGAAUUGGAUUUUGAUAGUAAUAUUGUUAAAGAAUUAUUUAUUUCAAAUUAUACUUGGAUUGUGAAUGCAUCAACCAAUAAUAUUACAACCGUCGUUGAUUAUCAAUUAAAUACAACCCUUUCAUCAUCCUCUUCAUCAGACAUUGUGAAUAAUAUUUUAUUCCAAUCAGUUAGUGUACUAUCAACGAUAUCAUUCUCAACGCAAUCAAGAGAUAUUCAAUUUGGAGAUCAACAACUUCACAUCAAUGCCAACUCGAUUAAACUAUCAGUCAAUGUUACAAAUUGGCAAUACUCAUCCAACUUGGCAACACUCAGAGUUGUAUUUAGAACCAUCAUCAUCAACAAUCAAACAGUCGAAUAUGAUUGCAAUGAAAAAGAGAUUGAUCCAUUGACAUAUGAUUCAUUGUCAUCAUUGCAAUACCUCAGAGUAAUCAAAGAUGAUAUUCAAUUCAAUGGUCGAUUUAUUGAUGUUGCAUUGUCAGAUGGUCGACCAACCUAUUCACAAACACAACUCAUUUCAUUGACACAGUCAACUAGUAAUGAAGAUGAAUCGAUUGCUCUACUUGGUAUCAAUCUACCACAAUGUCAAUCAUGUGUUCUCGAUCCUGAUUUCUCACCAUUAUUAAUUGACAAGAGUAAUGAUAGUGGAUGUGGAGACGGUCAAUCAAAUAACUGGAGAAUCAUUGUUGGAUGUGUUGUUGGUGGAGCUGGUGCCGUGGCCAUCGCAACAGCAUCUAUCAUCACAUAUCGUAAAAUGAAGAAAGCCCAAAACUUUGACAAGAGCAUCUCUAACAAACUAAAGAAUGCCUCGCGGUCUUGA